AUGGAAGCAGAGAAAUUAGAGCCAGAUGUUGUGAUCUACAGCACAGUCAUUGAUGGUCUUUGCAAAUACAAGCAUCCGGAUGAUGCACUCGACCUAUUCAAUGAAAUGGAGAAGAAAGGAAUUCGACCAAUGUUGUUACCUACAAUCCCUGAUAAGCUGCCUUUUCUCGUUGUCAAAGGAGUGAAGCCUGAUGUUGUAACAUACAACACAAUGAUCUCAGGAUUCUGUAGGAAAGGUUUAAAGGAGGAAGCAAGUGCCUUGUUCAGGAAAAUGAAAGAAGACGGUCCUCUCCCAAAUAGCGGUACUUACAAUACGCUGAUCCGGGCAUACUUAGAGAUGGUGACAAAGCCGCAUCAGCAGAACUCAUCAACGAAAUGA